AUGAGCCUAGAGGCUUUUGUCAAUCGAAAUUUUGAUGCUUCCUUGUGUUGGAAGGAUGUAGAAUGGUUAAAAUCUAUUACAACCUUGUCAAUUCUGAUCAAGGGAGUACUUACUGGUGAAGAUGCUGUGAAGGCUGUAGAAAUAGGUAUUGCAGGAAUUAUUGUCUCCAAUCAUGGAGCUCGCCAGCUAGAUUAUACUCCUGCCACUAUUUCAGCUCUGGAAGAGGUUGUUCAUGCCGUUGGAGGGAAAAUACUAGUUCUCCUUGAUGGAGGAAUCCCGGGAACUGAUGUAUUCAAGGCAUUGGCACUCGGUGCACAAGCAGUCCUUAUCGGAAGGCUUGUUAUCUACCGGCUGGCAGUGAAAGGUGAGGAUGGAGUGAGACAGGUGAUGAAAAUACUGAAGGAUGAGCUUGAGCUCACAAUGGCCCUUUCUGGCUGUCCUAGCCUGAAAGAUAUCACCAGGAGCCAUGUAAGGACUGAGCGCGACAGACUCCAGUCUAUGCUCUAACGCUGUCACUAAGUGAUAGAAAGCAUCCUGCACUGAACUAGGACUUGCAGCUGACCUGCUGCUAUGGCUAUUCAUAUAUACUAAUAAAUAAUAAUGUCAUAUUGGGUUAUUUUGCAUUUGGUCUGCAAUCCUGAUAAGUGUAAAUUGUUGAUUUUUGGUCCUGAACUUUGGUAUACAACAGCAGAAACGAUGGACUCAGUCUAGUUAACAUCGUUUGCAAGUUGGUGCACAUAGGCCAAGUGUUAAACUUUUAGAAAAGUGUCGCCUGCCAAGAGAUAACACUUUAUGAUGAUAAAUUUGGAAGAGUUUGUGGGGAAGAAAAGUAAAUUGACAACUAAGAUAAUGUUACUGCCAAACAAAAUGUAGAGAUUUCUGAAGAGACUUAAAAACUAAGAUUAACAUUAUUAUUAACUAAUUGUUCAUGGAACUAAGGCUCUGGUAGUCCA